AUGGCAGCUUCCGAUCUGAUAGAUCACUCCCCCCAUCAACCCGUCGCGGCGGAGAAGUUGGCUUCUGCGAGUAACCUUGUCCUCAUAGACAAUUAUGACUCCUUCACCUGGAAUGUGUACCAGUACCUCGUCCUCGAGGGCGCUACCGUAACCGUCUACCGGAACGACCAGGUGACCCUGGACGACUUGAUAGCCAAGAAUCCUACACAACUGGUCGUCAGUCCUGGCCCUGGUCAUCCAGACACCGAUGCAGGAAUUAGCAAAGAUGCCAUUAAAUACUUUGCGGGAAAGAUCCCAAUCAUGGGCGUGUGUAUGGGACAACAAUGCAUCAUAUCCGUCUUUGGAGGCAAAGUAGAUGUUACAGGAGAGAUCCUACAUGGAAAGACAUCCCCUUUGAGACAUGACGGCAUGGGAUGUUAUACCACUCUACCACAAGACUUACCGGUCACCAGAUACCACUCACUGGCAGGAACGCAUCCAACACUUCCCAAGUCGUUGGAGGUAUCGUCUUGGAUUGCUAAAGGACCUGACAGUGGAAAGGGCGUGAUUAUGGGUGUGCGUCAUAAGGAAUAUGUCAUCGAAGGCGUGCAAUUUCACCCCGAGAGUAUCUUGACCGAGAACGGCCGUGUCAUGUUCAAGAACUUCCUGAGGAUGACUGGAGGGAAGUGGUCAGAGAAUCCUCAAGUUGCUUCUCCCGCAAAAGAGACGAAUGGUGUCACAAAUGGGCACCCGCCGGCCAAAAAGGAGUCCAUUCUUGAGAAGAUCUACGCUCACAGACGGAAAGCUGUCGCAGCGCAGAAACUUAUUCCUUCUCAAAGGCCAGAGGACCUUCAGGCUUCUUACGAUCUCGGUCUUGCCCCUCCUCAGAUAUCCUUCCCCAAAAGACUUAGACAGUCGGCUUAUCCAGUUGCACUGCUGGCCGAGAUCAAGAGGGCAUCUCCCUCCAAAGGCAUCAUUUCACUAGGCACCUGUGCCCCGGCCCAAGCACGCAAGUACGCUACAGCUGGGGCCAGUGUCAUCUCGGUGCUCACUGAGCCCGAGUGGUUCAAGGGUAGCUUGGAAGACAUGCGAGCUGUUCGACAGAGCCUUGACAGCAUGCCAAACCGACCUGCCGUUCUACGCAAAGAGUUCAUCUUCGAGGAAUACCAAAUCCUGGAGGCCCGUCUCGGCGGUGCCGACACCGUUCUGUUGAUCGUGAAGAUGCUCGAUGUGGAGACUUUGACAAGGUUAUACAAUUACUCCAAGUCUUUGGGUAUGGAGCCUUUGGUCGAAGUGAAUACUGCGGAUGAGAUGAAGAUUGCCGUGGACCUCGGGGCGGAAGUUAUCGGUGUCAACAACAGAGAUCUGACCAACUUCGAAGUUGAUCUGGGCACCACAAGUCGAUUGAUGGACAUCGUGCCGAAAGACACCAUCGUGUGUGCGUUGUCCGGGAUUUCUGGGCCUCAGGAUGUUCAAGCAUACCGGAAGGACGGUGUCAAAGGCGUUCUUGUGGGAGAGGCUCUGAUGAGGGCGUCCAAUACAGUGGAUUUCAUCUCGAAACUAGUCGGAGAUCCUAGUGUGGAGUCCUCGGAAAUAGUCCAGGCACCUUUAUCUGUCAAGAUUUGCGGUACAAGAACUCCAGAAGGUGCCAAAGCUGCCAUUGAGGCCGGAGCAGACUCUGUGGGCAUCAUUCUGGUCCCCGGACGAUCACGGUUUGUCUCGGACGAGGUUGCCCUGCAAAUAGCUAAGGUCGUCAAAACCACCCCAAAGCCGACGCGGAAGUCUGCUCAUGCUCCAGAUGUCGGGUCUACCGACUUUUUCGACCACUCCUCGAGACUCCUAGUUCGACCUGAUCGUGCUCAGCUGGUGGGUGUCUUCCUCGAUUCUCCUCUGGAGCACGUUAUCGAGCAAGUCUAUAAAUUGGGACUUGACGUUGUUCAGCUCCAUGGGUCAGAACCUAUCGAAUGGGCCAGGAAUAUCCCUGUUCCUGUUGUCCAUAAGUUCUCGCCGCAUGACCACGGUAUCAGCGCUCGAGGAUAUCACGCUCUUCCUUUGUUAGAUGUCGGGGUUGGCGGCACUGGCAAACAGCUCAAUGUUGACGAGGUGAAAGCCUUCUUCGACAAAGAUCCGAGCGUCAAGAUCAUUUUCGCUGGUGGAUUGAAUCCUGAUAAUGUUGAAUCCAUACUGAAAUCCCUAGGACCAUACCGCGCCAAUAUCGCGGGUGUCGAUGUUAGUAGCGGAGUCGAAACGAGUGGGAAGCAAGAUCCAUCAAGAAUCUCGGCGUUCGUCAAGGCUGUUAAAAGUCUAGACUAG